UGUGUGUGUGAGUUUGCUGCUGUUGGGGUGGGAGCAAACAAGAGUGAGACGGGGAAAAAAAGCCCUUAACUAGCAGCAAUAGGACCAAGUCUCUAUGGCAAUUGCCCUGGUCACAGCCUGUGUUCCCUGAACUCCUUUUCUUUAACUGGAACAGGCUUGGAAGGUCAGAUCUAGCAGAUGUUGGAGGCACUGCAAGUCUGAAGAACCAGAGACUGCUAAGUUUAUAGGGCAAACGUUUGUCUGGUGGGAAAUACAAAGCUGAGAAUGGCGUGGAAACUAAAGAUCUGCGGGUUACAGGUACUUCAGUUCACAGCAGGCAGAAAUGACAAUGACAGCCAACAAAAAUGCGACCAUCACUCAAAGAACAGGCGGGAGUAAAAUACUGCGAGGCACUCUGGGACGGUCUCAGUCUGUAUCACCUCCACCUGUUCUAUCCCCUGUUAGAACGCCGUCAUAUCCUCUAAGUGAUAGUGAAGAAUUCUGCAAGUCCAGCCGACUGUCCAAUUUACCAAGUACUAAACUGGUUAUUAAAGACUGGACACCUAGAGGUUCUAGUUUACGAGAAACCCACCUACAAGCUUCAGGCAUUGAUUCAGCCAACCACUUGCUGAAAGCGGUUAGUGUCACAUGCUUGGAUAAAAGGCUAUCUGUAUUUAAAGGCCCCAUUCAAAAAGAAAAUGUACAAGAAAUCAAGGACAGCGAUGUGAUAGGCAACUGCCAGCUUAACCGGAGUACACUCUCCUUAGGUUCUGCUGCCAACCAGCGUAACAGACCCCACAACAGAACCACAGUACGUUCUAAAGCACUUGACAUUAGAAGAAAAAUCUCAGAAUGGGAAUGCAGAAGAGAGUCUACUCCCAAACUGAGCUUGUUUGUGGACAAAGGAGACCAAGGGGACAGAUCUGCUAGUGAAGGAUGUGCCAGCAUGUUGACUUCACCAUGCAGUGAAAAAACUUUUGAUUUCAAAGGCUAUCGGAGAAUGAGCAGAACAUUUUCUGAGUGUUCCUACCCAGAAACAGAGGAGGAAGAGGGCUUAGAACGAGACUCACUUCAUAGGUUUGAUAGGAGGCCCAGCCGGACUGAACCAGCCAAUGCUUUUGUUAGAGGUCACACUAGAAAAGAGUCUUCAGCUGUUCUGAACAGAAUUAAAAAAAUUGAACAAGCAUUAAAGGAAAACCCUGGUAUGGGCCUUCCUCAGUUACCAAGUAGCUGCUAUAGUGUUGAUAACGGAAGAAAAAAAUCCCUAACAUUAGGUUCUCUUGACGCUCCAAAUGAGAGUGUGAGCAGUAGCAAAAGUGUAAAUAAUAGUAAUGAGCAAGAACAUUGUAUUGAAAGUAAUGCCAAAAUAAAACAAGCUGCAAACUCGAGUAGCUCCAGUGUGGCUCCUGAGAGCCCAGAUGCUGAGGUCAACCCUGUGCCAAAACCCAAAAGAACCUUUGAAUAUGAAGCUGAUAAAAGGCACAAAAGCUCACCAAAUAAUGGUCUACCUCCUUCACCAAGUCCAGUUUCUCCCCCUCCUCUACCAUCCACACCUGCACCUCCUGUCACCAGAAAACUGAAGAAAGACCUACAUCGAAAAUCCCAAAGCAGAAAGUCUCUUGAAUUUGAAGAUGCUUCAAGUGCCAACUCCAUGGGCUCUCCCUCACCUGUAGAAAAUGGUACAGAAAAGCAGCACAGAUCUGGAUCCAAAAGCACUUUAGAGGAGAACGCCUAUGAAGACAUUGUGGGCGAUUCACCAAAGGAAAACCCCUACGAGGAUGUGGACCUGAAAGGACGUCACUUGGGUCGAAAAUUCCAACUGUCACCUGAUAGUUCCCUUGAAGCGUCUAACAGGAUGUGGAGGCCGCAAGACAGGAAGUACACAACACCUGCUCAGCUGCCUCCUAAAGCAAGUACCCAGUCUUUAAGAAUAGGAAGCUCCUCUGAGAGGAAAUCUCACCGGGUACCGCGGUUGCCUAAGCGACACAGCCAUGAUGACAUGCUGCUCCUGGCUCGUCUCACCGUACCGUCAUCCCCCUCCAGCCUAAAUGAGGACAGCUUAAGUACCACGAGCGGAAUACUGACCUCCAGACGAGCGAGGAGGAUUCCUAAGCUUGUGCAAAGAAUUAACUCAAUCUACAGCGCAAAACGCGGCAAGAAGAGGUUAAAGAAGCUUUCCAUGUCAAAUAUUGAGACAUCAUCCUUACGAGAUGAAAACAGCGAGAGCGAGAGUGAUUCUGAUGACAGAUUUAAAGCUCACACACAGCGUCUCGUCCAUAUCCAGUCCAUGCUGAAAAGGGCUCCCAGUUAUCGCACCCUGGAGUUAGAACUCAUAGAGUGGCAGGAAAGGGAGCUGUUUGAGUAUUUUGUGGUGGUAUCCAUGAAAAAGAAACCUUCCAAAAACACAUACAGCCCGGAAGUGACGUACCAGUUUCCAAAGCUAGAGAGACCAACAAAGCAGGUGCGAGAAGCUGAGGAGCGCCUCAAGGCCAUACCCCAGUUCUGUUUUCCUGAUGCCCGUGACUGGCAGCCAGUCUCUGAAUAUAACAGUGAGACAUUUUCCUUCAUGUUAACUGGUGAAGAUGGCAGCAGAAGGUUUGGAUAUUGUCGUCGAUUACUGCCAAGUGGAAAGGGUCCGCGAUUACCUGAAGUUUACUGUGUAAUUAGUCGGCUUGGCUGCUUUGAUCUGUUUUCCAAGAUAUUAGAUGAGGUAGAGAGGAGGCGAGGCAUUUCUGCAGCUCUGGUUUAUCCUUUUAUGAGGAGUUUAAUGGAAUCGCCUUUUCCUGCACCUGGAAAAACUAUCCGGGUAAAGACGUUUUUGCCUGGUGCUGGAAAUGAGGUGAUUGAACUUCGGCGCCCAAUGGACUCACGCUUGGAGCAUGUAGACUUUGAAUGCCUGUUCACAUGCCUGGGUGUGAGGCAAAUCAUACGGAUCUUUGCCUCACUGUUGUUGGAGCGACGAGUUAUCUUUGUAGCUGAAAAGUUAAGCACUCUGUCUAGCUGUUCCCACGCAGUGGUUGCUUUGCUAUAUCCGUUUUCAUGGCAACAUACGUUUAUACCUGUCCUGCCCUCCUCUAUGAUUGACAUAGUCUGCUGCCCUACGCCUUUCUUGGUGGGUCUGCUGUCUAGUUCACUGCCGAAAUUAAAAGAACUGCCAGUGGAAGAGGCCUUGAUGGUAGAUUUAGGAUCUGAUCGGUUUAUAAGACAGAUGGAUGACGAGGAUGCACUAUUACCUAGGAAAUUACAAGCAGCUCUGGAGCAGGCUUUAGAGCGGAAGAAGGAGUUGAUCAAUCAAGAUUCUGACAGUGACUCAGAUGAAGAGUGUAACACCCUAAAUGGAUUGGUCUCAGAAGUUUUCAUCCGGUUCUUUGUGGAGACUAUUGGCCACUAUUCUCUUUUCUUGACUCAGAAUGAAAGGGGAGAGCGAGUCUUUCAAAGGGAAGCUUUCCGCAAGUCUGUAGCCUCCAAGAGUAUUCGUCGCUUUUUAGAAGUUUUUAUGGAAUCCCAAAUGUUUGCUGGGUUUAUACAGGACAGAGAACUCCGAAAAUGCAGGGCAAAAGGUCUCUUUGAGCAACGGGUUGAACAGUAUCUAGAAGAGCUUCCGGACACAGAACAAAGCGGAGUCAACAAGUUUUUGAGAGGCCUUGGAAACAAGAUGAAGUUUCUACACAAGAAAAACUAAACCACUCCGUAGCGACAAAUAAGCGAGUGCCAUUUUAUGAUGCUGUGUGCACAGAUUCUGGGCCACUGUUGCAACACAAAGUACCAGUACAUAUAUAAGCUCCUCGAAGCCUUGGGGGGAAAAAGACUGUCAAUGCUGCUUUGAAUGAACAUUGUCACAAAGGCUUCUUUUAGCUCACUUGUGUUCAUGAUUAUAUAUUUGUAAAUAUUGUGCUGUAAGCUUUUUUUAAUGUUUUAUACAAAGCAAGGAAAUCUGUGGUAAAUAUCUUUAUAUUGCCUAAGUAUACCAGGUGCUUCCUCCUUUUGUAGUAUGAAUCAAUGGUUGAUGCAAAUGAAAUGCUAUUUUUUAGUUAACAGAACCACUGUCUUCAAAUGUGUGUGUGUGUGUGUGUGUGUGAGGAAUAAAUGUUUACUGUACAAAAAAAUGCACAGAAAAGAAAGUGGGGUAAUUAGUGGUAGGAGAAUGGUCUAUAAUGUGCAUCUGGUCACUAUUUAGUUACCUUUUAAAUAUUGCAAUUUUACUAUUUCAUUUUACGUGACUUGUACAUUAUUCCGUGUUUUUCCUUUUAUGUGUAUGGUCAGUAAACUGUAAAAUAUCUGCACUAUUACUGCUCAAAUGAAGAAGAUCCCACUUAGUAUUUGACCUCCAUGCUGCAAAGAUUAGGUACACAACUUAAUAGUGUAUGUCCAAUAAAAUGUGCAAAGUAA